CCGGUGGUGGAGGUGGUCCGUCUGGGCCUGCUGUCCUACCAGGAGGCUCUGCGGCUGCAGCAGGUCUACGUGAACCGGCACCGGUCCGGUCCAGCUCACGCUCUGCUGCUGUGCCAGCACCAGCCGGUCUACACCACUGGGAUCCGGAACAAACCGUACCCGGAACCGCUGCUGGACCGGCUCCGCCUGCUCGGCGCCGACGUCCACCGGACCAACCGAGGAGGACUCAUCACCUUCCACGGGCCGGGCCAGCUGGUCUGCUAUCCGGUCCUGCACCUGGGCAGCUUCAAGAAGAGCGUUCGCUGGUACGUCGGCCAGCUGGAGAAAACCGUCAUCGGACUCUGCAGCAGCUUUGGAGUCGAAGCCUCGACGUCUCCUCACACCGGAGUCUGGGUCGGAGACAACAAGAUCUGCGCCAUCGGAAUCCACUGCGGCCGCUACGUCACGUCUCACGGUUUGGCUCUGAACUGCAGCACCGACCUGUCCUGGUUCGACCACAUCGUUCCGUGCGGCAUCGAAGGUAAAGGCGUGACGUCGCUGAGCGCCGAGCUGCGGAGGAACGUCAGCGUGGAGGAAGCCGUCCCUCGGCUGCUGGACGCCUUCGCUCACCUGUUCGACUGUCAGCUGAGCGACGCACCUGAGAGCCUCCAGGACGCUGCAGAGACGCCACCUGGAAGGACUUGAAACGAUUAAACAAGACAAACACUGAGAUGGACAGUUUGAUCUUCUGUGUGUUUUAAAUUCACAGGUUACCUCUGAAAGCAGCUUCUGUUUCCAUGUAAGCGUCAGGUUGGUGGUUUGUUGGUUGAAGCUGCAGCUCUGAACCCAAAUGUGGGUUUAAUUAAAUGUUGUUUUCUUCACAUAUUGACAGUUAAAUCACAUGAAAAACCCUCGGGUUGAACCCUAAAACCCAGCAGCAGGUUUAAAGAGCUGAUUGUCUUUUUAAUAAAAUGCCAACAUGAUGCUGUUGUCCAGCCAGAAACACUAGAAACAGAACCACUGGAUUUUUAAAAAAACUUUCUAGCAGGAGAAAAAAUAACCAUAUUCAAGCAUCAAACAGGUGAACAAAAUCGUUUUCUGUCGACUCUCACGUGCUGCCUGAUUUGUGG